CGGAAACGUCAUUCCCUACUGAAAGUGCCAUGACCAUAGAUGUGGAAUUGCCUAGAUGAUCAACUUUCAAUAUAAUACCUGCAAACCUACAAUCAUCAUCACUGUCAAGGCUGUUUCAUGAUGCCCUUCACAUGCGCAUCUCCAGCUGGCUAGCGGAAGGAGACCCCUGCAAUGACACGCGAAACUCGGAAGUCGAUCUUGGAGCCCAGCAUCACCGACAACUGCCUCGUUGCGCCGACCCAACCACCACCAUGACAUGGACGGACAGCUUCACCUCCAUGCCGGUCUGGCUGACCCCAGAUCUUUCCGUCCCAACCUCUACAGUUCCCGUUCGGCGACGCGCGUGACGACUGACCCCGAGAAGAAGUCGCAUUCCCACCUGCACAAGCACAAGUCGUCGCGACACCACCACGACCGUCACGAUGACCGUCACCGCCACAGCUCCAGCAGACGCCAUGCCGCCAAAGAGGCGAUGCAAUCAGCCAUCCAGAUACAGCCGCCGACCAGCUUCGGAGACUUGCUGAGGCAGGCGCGAGGGAGCAGAGACACGAGCCCCAGUCACAGUCGCAGGGAGAGCGUCGCACCAGGGCAGGCUGAUGGCAGCGUGCAUGGGAAAGAGGAAAGCACCCCAGGCAUCACCAUCCCGCCGCGGAGACCAAUCCGGCAGGCGGAUGUGGAGCUGGAGGCUAAGAGAGUUGAAGCUAGAGAACGAGACCUUCGUGCGGUUCUCCAGACCCUUUCCGACCAGUCCCUCAAGACGUCGCGCCGUCUAGACGACACCUACUAUUCCAUCCUCGAGAAAGUCUCCGUACUGCGCCAGACCAUCGGAACGCUGCAAGAGCUCUCUGGCUUGACCAAGGAGCUCCACGAAAACUUCGAGUCGGACACCACAGAGUUACUGGAGGAUGUGACUGGCCAAGUGGAAGCCUUCGAUGGCUUCAAGACACAACAGGAGCAAGUGAGCGGGUUAGAAGAGCGCAUCAAGACGGGCAAAGAGAAAGCCGAUGCACUGACGGCGAGGCUCGAACGAGCGAAAGAGCGUGUCGAUGCGAGGGCCAGGUCGGAAGCGCAGUGGCAGGCCAAGAAUACUCAUCGCGUGCGGAUAUUCUGGGCUAUAGUGGGCUUCGUAGCUGCUCUCAUACUAGCCCUCGUUCUCUUCCGCCCGUCGCAACCGAUCGACAACCUACACGAACCGAAGAAUACACUCGAUCCUGCGACGAGAGAGGCGAUCCUAAAUGCCGACAUACCAGACAUAGCAAAAGAGGCAAUUAUAGGGCCGUCAUCUAGUACUGCAGGUCCAAAAGUGGAUACCCCCGAAGCGCAGGUUGUACUAGACGACGAUGAGCGACUGCGCGUAUUCGACGAGUUGUAAUGCUUCCAGUUACUUUCCUGUCUAUUUUGCUUUCGAACACCAAGAUACCCCUGCAAUAGUCUGGCCACGUCCAAUUUCAAUCUCGAAAUGAUCAAGUCCAUUUCAUGUUACCGUCUACUUCAUCCUAGCCGUCAGGAGACCUAUCACUGUUGUUUGACACAGGUAUAUCCGCAU